AUUUCUCGCGUGUCGAUACUCUGUCCGCUGCUGUCAUGGCACACUACGUGGAUGCCCUUGGCCGCUCCCGUGCGUCCUUGCAUGUUUCGACCGCGAUCCCCUGUCACGAUCUUGGCAUUGACGAUGCCAACUCACGUAAGGCCCGCCUCCUAAGCGUUCCAUGUCGCGCUCACGCCUACGCCUGUGCUUGCGCUUGUGCGCCUUACUGCCUUGAGCCAUACCGCACCCAUGCGUGCCAGCGCCCUAACCUAGCUUUCCCGUGCGUGCACCCAUGUCUCCAGCCAGGACACUCUCGCGCGGACACGCAUGUCGCCCCCAAUUGCUCCUGCACGCUCUUGCGUGUCCUGUCCGCAACCUCACUCCACGGCCCCAAUAUCGAUGCCUCCGUUGGUAAGGCCCGCUGCUUCCUGAGCGAUCCACCUUGCGCCUGUGCCCUUGGCUAUAUAAGUGUUGUAAUCGCAACCCCGUGUCGUGAUACCGACACCCUCGUCCAGCAUGCCAACGUCGAUGCUUACGCUUGUGAUUCCGCUUGCGCCUGUGAUUGUGCUAGCGCCUACCCUCGUGUUUGCGCUCGCACUCCGCGACGCUACAUGGCAUGUCCCCUGGACGCGGCACACACCCUUUGUGUGCCCAUGGCUACAGCUCCGUGUCACGAUGCCUGUGACUUCGGCCCCCGAACUCGCGAACAACUAGAAUUAUUGUGUGUUUUAUGUUGGAAAUUAUGGGACUGCCGGAACAGUGCACUAUGGGACAACAAACCUGUUGUGCCCAGCCAGAUUAUAGAAAAAGCAGUAUUCUUCUUGACUAAAUACAAUGCAGCCAUUUCAUCCAAGGGGAGAGGUGCCGCAGGUGUACAAUGGAUGAGUGAGACCAAAUGGCGGCCACCUGCAGUGGGUUUUACAAAGGUUAAUGUGGAUGGCGCCAUCUUUGAGCAACAACAACUGCAUGGAGUAGGAGUAGUGGCUCGUAAUUCUAUCAAGGAGGUAUUAGCUGCCAUGAUUUCUAAAGGACAAGGACUGCUCUCGGUUGAGGAAACUGAAGCAUGUAACCUACGGAAAGCAUUGAAAUGGGCGAAGGACCUUAUGUUCAAUAAGAUUGGCAUGGAAAUGAACUGUGCAACAUGUUCGAAGAACUGGAAAAACAGUAGCUCAUGAGCUUGCCAGAAAGGUGCUUCGAGCUAAAGAUGAUUGGCUUUGGCAUGUAGAAAUCCUAAAUUUCGUUGCACACCUUGUAACAGGAGAUAAAGCACUUGCGUGGUAUUUGUAUCUUCUUCCUGUUGCCAUUUCUAUGAAUAAAAUAGGGUGCACAAU